GAGGUCGGAAGUGGGCUGUUGGACCCUUGAGACGUCGGUGGGAAACGAAGAAGCAGUUUCGGACCCGGCGUCUUGUGAAUUCUAUUUGGUUUGUCAAACCGGUGUCCAGCCAGAGGUUUAAAAAUGGCAUCCAAACAAGAAAUACUAAGUGACCAGCGGUUUAGACGGGUUGCAAAGGACCCUAGAUUUUGGGAAAUGCCAGAAAAUGAUAAAAAGGUCAAAAUUGACAAGAGAUUUCGAGCCAUGUUUCAUGACAAAAAGUUCAAGUUGAACUAUGCUGUGGAUAAAAGAGGGCGACCGAUCAACCACAGUACUACAGAGGAUUUAAAACGUUACUAUGACCUUUCUGAUUCGGAUUCAGAUCUCUCUGAUGAAGAAAGCAAAGCCCUGAAGCAAAAGAAAAUGAAGAAAAAAUCCCAGAUUAAAUUAGGACCAGAUUCAAAAACUCUAGUCAAAAAGAGUAAGAAAGGCACCAAGAAAAUUAAUCAAGAGAAUUCUGAAAGUGAAACUGAAUUAAAUAAUUCUGAGAAAGUUAAAAAAGCCACAUCCUUUAAAUCUAAGAAGUUGGAUUCCAAAGUAAGUCCAGAGAAGGAUAGCAGAGACUUUAUAUCGAAAGGUACAAAAGAGAAAAAAGAUGUUAUUCAGCAUAGUGCAGACAACUGUCCUAAAGGAAAGCUAAAGAGAGUUGACUCCGACAACAUUGCAACUGUGAAAUUGCCCAAGGCCAAGUGUUCUGAGACAAGAAAAAAACCAUCAGGAAAUGGUUAUGAAAACUCACCAGAAGGUAAAACAUGUGAAGAUUCUCUGGUGGAAUAUUCAGAACGUACUAGCGAAACAUAUGAUGAGGAAUCCGAAGAUGAAAUUACAGGGGUUGGUAGAACUUCAGCUGACGAUGACGACAACGACGAUGAUGAUAAAAUAGAUAAUGAAGAUGAGGAAGAGGAUGAGGAUGAUGAAAGUGAUAGUGGCCCAGACCUUGCUAGGGGCAAAGGAAAUGUAGAAACUAGUUCUGAAGAUGAAGAUGAUGAAGAACUAAUUCCAGAAGAAUUUGGUUUUGAGCAUGCUUGGAGAGAAUUAGAUAAAGAUGCUCCUCGGGCUGAUGAGAUUACACAUCGAUUAGCAGUUUGCAACAUGGACUGGGAUCGAUUAAAAGCAAAAGAUUUGCUGGCUUUGUUCAAUUCAUUUAAACCUAAAGGAGGUGUUAUAUUUUCUGUAAAGAUCUACCCAUCAGAGUUUGGAAAGGAGAGGAUGAAGGAAGAGCAAGUUCAAGGACCAGUGGAGCUAUUGAGUAUUCCUGAAGAUGCCCUUGAAAAAGACUGGGCAUCUAGAGAAAAAUUAAGGGAUUAUCAAUUUAAACGCCUGAAGUACUAUUAUGCAGUAGUAGACUGUGAUUCUCCUGAAACAGCCAGUAAAAUUUAUGAAGAUUGUGAUGGGCUAGAAUUUGAAAGUAGUUGUUCUUUCAUCGAUCUGAGGUUCAUACCAGAUGAUGUUACUUUUGAUGAGGAGCCCACGGAAGUAGCCUCAGAAGUGGAUUUAACAGCAUAUAAACCGAAGUAUUUCACAUCUGCUGCAAUGGGAACAUCAACGGUGGAGAUCACUUGGGAUGAGACAGAUCAUGAAAGAAUUACAGUACUUAACAGGAAAUUUAAAAAGGAAGAGCUUUUGGAUAUGGAUUUUCAAGCCUACUUAGCUAGCUCCAGUGAAGAUGAAGAGAGUAUAGGGGAAGAGCUACAAGGUGACGAUGUGGAAGAAGAUGGGAAGACAAAGAAAAACCCGAAGGAUGAUGAAGAACAAAUUGCCAAAUAUAGACAGCUCUUGCAAGUUAUUCAAGAAAAAGAAAAGAAAGGCAAAGAAAAUGAUAUGGAAAUGGAAAUUAAGUGGGUUCCAGGCCUUAAAGAAAGUGCGGAAGAGAUGGUCAAAAAUAAAUUGGAAGGAAAGGAUAAGCUGACCCCUUGGGAACAAUUUUUAGAGAAGAAGAAAGAGAAAAAAAGACUGAAAAAGAAACAAAAGAGUCUUGCUAAUGAGACCAGUGAAGAUGAAUUACCCUCAGAUGUGGAUUUGAAUGAUCCAUACUUUGCUGAAGAAGUUAAGAAAAUGGGUAUAAAGAAGAAAUCAGUGGAAUCUGCAAAAGAUGGCGCUUCUCCAGAGGAAGAAACUGAAAUAGAAAAACAAAAGGCUGAAAUGGCUUUGCUUAUGAUGGAUGAGGAAGAUGAGGAUAGCAAGAAACAUUUCAAUUACAACAAGAUUGUGGAACACCAGAACCUGAGCAAAAAGAAGAAAAAACAGCUUAUGAAAAAGAAGGAAUUAUUAGAGGAUGACUUUGAGGUCAAUGUUCAGGAUGCUCGAUUUCAGGCAAUGUAUACUUCCCACUUAUUUAAUUUGGAUCCCUCAGAUCCUAAUUUCAAAAAAACAAAAGCUAUGGAAAAAAUCCUUGAGGAGAAAGCUCGACAGAGAGCACAAACACGACAAGAAUGUACUCAGGCCUCACAGAAGAGCGAGAGUGAACUGCAAAGGAAAUCACAGAACACGACGGUCGACCCUGCUUUGUCAAUGUUGAUCAAAUCUAUCAAAACCAAAACAGAACAAUUUCAAGCAAGAAAAAAGCAAAAAGUCAAAUAACUGGGUAUUGUUUUGUUUUGCAUUGAGAAUGUAUUCUGCUGAUGUCAGAAAUGUUAGGAGUCAUAUUUAUUAGGAACAAGGUUCUCUUUCAAGAAUAUGAGUAGAACUUACUCUGACCAUUGAACUUUCUCCCUGUAAAUAAUCAUUGAACAUAAAUGUGUAUAAUUACAGAUUAGUACUGUAUAUGUCUACAGAUUCACCAUAAUUAAUUUGAGUUACCUGAAUAGUAAGAUUUAUAAAAGCUUUUUUGAAGUUCACUUCAUACCAGUAGAACUUUAAAAGACUAUUUACAAUUCUAUGUAAAAGACACAACAGUGCCCCGUCCUCACUCUGUGUAGGGACUAAGCACAAUUUAGACCUAUACAUAUACAAGAGGUGUAUAUGCAGUACACUUUCUCUGGAAGCAAAAGACCUGAUUUCUCAGUUGAAAUUAUUUAUUUUUCUAGAUGUAAGUAAUAGGAGACAAGAACCUUCCUUUGUAGGUUGAUUAUGUUUAUUAUAGUUUGUUUAUGAAGUUAAUUUGUAAAUAAAACAACAAAUAUAUGUA